AUGUCCACUCCGGACCCCCCCAUGGGAGGGACCCCUCGGCCCGGCCCUUCUCCAGGCCCUGGGCCCUCUCCAGGGGCCUUGCUAGGUCCUAGUCCUGGGCCUUCACCUGGCUCCGCUCAUGGAAUGAUGGGCCCCAGCCCGGGGCCACCAUCUGCAGGGCACCCCCUACCUCCUCAGGGACCCUCCGGCUACCCUCAGGACAACAUGCAUCAGAUGCACAAGCCAAUGGAGGGCAUGCAUGAGAAGGGCAUGCCAGACGACCCUCGCUAUGGUCAGAUGAAGGGCAUGGGUAUGAGACAGCCUGCUCACAGUGGCAUGGGGCCACCGCCCAGCCCCAUGGAUCAACAUUCCCAAGGUUACCCCUCUCCUCUUGGUGGUUCUGAACAUGCUCCUAGCCCUGUGCCAGCUAAUGGCCCACCCUCAGGCCCUAUGAUGCCUUCAGGCCCUGGUGGUGUCCCCAUGGAAGGCAGUGAUCCUCAGACCAUGGGCCAGCAGAACCGCGGAGGAGGUCCUCCUUCCGGGCCAGGCUCCGGGCCCAGUGGAGGACCUUCAGGUGCUGGUGGACCAGGUGGUGCUGGAGGACCCACGCCCUUCAACCAGAACCAGCUUCACCAACUCCGUGCACAGAUUAUGGCCUAUAAGAUGCUGGCUCGUGGGCAGCCCCUGCCUGACCACCUGCAGAUGGCAGUGCAAGGUAAACGGCCCAUGCCAGGCAUGCAGCAGGGAAUGCCCAACAUGCCACCAGCAUCAGGGCCUGGAGCUGGCCCCCCUGGACCUGGAGGACCUGGAGGCCCUGGACCAGCAGGCCCAAACUACAACAGACCACCACAUGGAAUGGUAGGACCAAACAUGCCUCCUCCAGGCCCCUCAGGAGUCCCCCCAGGCAUGCAGGGACAGCCCCCCAAUGGACCACCUAAAUCAUGGCCUGAAGGACCCAUGGUUAAUGCUGCUGCUCCAGCCAGUGCUCCUCAGAAGUUAAUCCCUCCCCAGCCUACAGGUCGGCCCUCCCCUGCCCCACCCUCCGUACCCCCUGCUGCUUCCCCUGUCAUGCCACCUCAAACCCAGUCUCCUGGUCAACCGGCCCAGCCUCCGCCCAUGAUGCUGCAUCCAAAACAGAACCGCAUUACGCCCAUUCAGAAGCCCCGUGGCCUUGACCCUGUAGAGAUUCUACAGGAGAGAGAGUAUAGACUGCAAGCGCGUAUAGCUCAUCGCAUCCAGGAGCUGGAAAACCUGCCAGGUUCACUGGCAGGAGACCUGAAGACCAAAGCUACGAUUGAACUGAAGGCACUGAGACUUCUCAACUUCCAGAGACAGCUACGUCAGGAGGUGGUAGUGUGCAUGCGGCGUGACACAGCCCUGGAGACAGCACUCAAUGCCAAGGCCUACAAACGCAGCAAGCGACAGUCUCUGCGUGAGGCUCGCAUUACUGAGAAACUGGAAAAGCAGCAGAAGAUUGAACAGGAGCGCAAGCGUCGUCAGAAACAUCAGGAAUAUUUAAACAGUAUCCUCCAGCAUGCUAAGGACUUUAAGGAGUACCAUCGCUCCAUCACAGGAAAGAUGCAGAAACUGACCAAAGCUGUGGCCACCUACCACGCCAACACAGAGCGGGAGCAGAAGAAGGAGAAUGAGCGCAUUGAGAAGGAGAGAAUGAGGAGGCUGAUGGCAGAAGAUGAAGAGGGUUACAGGAAGCUGAUUGAUCAGAAGAAGGACAAGCGUUUGGCCUACUUGCUGCAGCAGACGGACGAGUAUGUGGCCAACCUCACUGAACUCGUGCGUGCCCACAAGGCUGCACAAGCGCUCAAGGAGAAAAAGAAAAAGAAGAAAAAGAAGAAGACUGAGAAUGGUGAGGGUGGAGCUGCUGCUUUGGGUCCAGAUGGAGAGCCUCUGGAUGAGACCAGUCAGAUGAGUGACCUUCCAGUUAAAGUGAUUCAUGUGGACAGUGGCAAGAUCCUUACUGGUGUGGACGCUCCCAAAGCAGGCCAGCUAGAGGCUUGGCUAGAGAUGAACCCUGGGUAUGAAGUAGCUCCUCGUUCUGAUAGUGAAGACAGUGGCUCAGAGGACGAAGAGGAGGACGAGGAGGAGGAACAGCAGCCUGCUCAGACACCUUCUGCAUCAGAAGAGAAGAAGAAAAUUCCAGACCCUGACAGCGAGGAUGUGUCUGAAGUGGAUGCCCGCCAUAUUAUUGAGCAUGCUAAGCAGGAUGUUGAUGAUGAGUACGGCAGUGCGGCAUUUGCUGUGGGCCUGCAGUCUUACUACUCCGUGGCUCAUGCAGUCACUGAGAAAGUGGAGAAACAGUCCUCUCUCAUGGUCAAUGGAACACUCAAACAGUACCAGAUUAAGGGUCUGGAGUGGCUGGUCUCUCUGUACAACAAUAAUCUGAAUGGCAUUCUAGCUGAUGAGAUGGGCUUGGGGAAGACCAUCCAGACUAUUGCACUCAUUACUUACCUCAUGGAGCUCAAACGGAUUAAUGGACCCUUCCUUAUCAUCGUACCCCUCUCGACUCUGUCAAACUGGGUGUUGGAGUUUGAUAAGUGGGCUCCAUCUGUGGUAAAAGUAUCCUACAAGGGGUCUCCUGCUGCCCGGCGCUCUUUUGUCCCUAUUCUACGCAGUGGCAAAUUCAACGUGCUCCUCACUACUUAUGAGUACAUCAUCAAAGACAAGCAAGUGCUAGCCAAGAUUCGCUGGAAGUACAUGAUUGUGGACGAAGGCCACCGUAUGAAAAACCAUCACUGUAAACUGACUCAGGUUCUCAACACACACUACCUGGCCCCUAGACGCCUGCUGCUCACAGGGACACCCCUGCAGAACAAGCUGCCUGAGCUGUGGGCCCUGCUCAACUUCCUCCUACCCACCAUCUUCAAAAGCUGCAGCACAUUUGAGCAGUGGUUCAAUGCGCCAUUUGCAAUGACUGGUGAAAAGGUGGACCUCAAUGAGGAGGAGACCAUUCUGAUCAUUCGCCGUCUCCACAAAGUACUCCGCCCCUUCCUUCUCAGGAGGCUCAAGAAAGAAGUAGAAGCACAGCUGCCUGAGAAGGUGGAGUAUGUGAUUAAGUGUGACAUGUCAGCGCUGCAGAGAGUACUAUACAGGCACAUGCAGGCUAAAGGAGUCCUGCUCACUGAUGGUUCUGAGAAAGACAAGAAGGGUAAAGGAGGUACGAAAACACUGAUGAAUACCAUCAUGCAGCUCAGGAAGAUCUGUAACCACCCAUACAUGUUCCAGCACAUUGAGGAGUCUUUCUCUGAGCACUUGGGUUUUACAGGGGGAAUUGUUCAGGGACAGGACCUCUAUCGUGCUUCAGGGAAGUUUGAGCUGCUGGACCGUAUUCUGCCCAAGCUGCGUGCCACCAACCACAAAGUGCUGCUUUUCUGUCAGAUGACCUCCCUCAUGACCAUUAUGGAGGACUACUUUGCGUACCGCAAUUACAAAUACCUGCGUCUGGACGGAACCACUAAGGCUGAGGACCGUGGUAUGCUGCUGAGUAACUUUAAUGACCCAGCUUCUCAGUACUUCGUGUUCUUGCUGAGUACCAGAGCUGGUGGCCUGGGGCUCAAUCUGCAGUCUGCCGAUACAGUCGUCAUUUUCGACAGUGACUGGAACCCCCAUCAGGACUUGCAAGCUCAGGACCGAGCCCACCGUAUUGGACAGCAGAAUGAGGUGCGUGUGCUGCGUCUUUGCACAGUCAACAGCGUAGAGGAGAAGAUCUUGGCCGCAGCCAAGUACAAACUCAAUGUUGAUCAGAAGGUGAUCCAAGCCGGCAUGUUUGACCAGAAGUCUUCUAGCCAUGAGCGUAGAGCCUUCUUGCAGGCCAUCCUGGAACACGAGGAGCAGGAUGAGGAGGAGGAUGAGGUACCUGAUGAUGAAACGGUUAAUCAGAUGAUUGCCAGAAGCGAGGAGGAGUUUGAUCUCUUUAUGCGGAUGGAUUUGGACCGGCGCCGUGAAGAGGCGCGGAACCCUAAACGUAAGCCUCGUCUGAUGGAGGAAGACGAGCUACCUACCUGGAUCAUGAAGGAUGAUGCGGAGGUGGAGCGACUGACCUGCGAGGAAGAGGAGGAGAAGAUGUUUGGUCGUGGCUCACGCCAGAGAAAGGAAGUAGACUACAGUGAUUCACUCACAGAGAAACAGUGGCUAAAGGCAAUAGAAGAGGGCACACUGGAGGAGAUUGAGGAGGAGGUGCGUCACAAGAAGACAACCCGCAAGAGGAAGCGUGAUCGUGAUCUUGACCUCCCAGGUCCAGCCACACCUAGCUCCAGUGGUGGACGAAGCAGAGAUAAGGAUGAGGACAGUAAGAAACAAAAGAAACGGGGCCGGCCUCCUGCUGAGAAACUCUCGCCCAACCCCUCUUCCCUCACUAAGAAAAUGAAGAAAAUUGUUGAUGCCGUCAUUAAGUAUAAAGACAGCAAUGGCAGGCAGCUGAGCGAAGUCUUUAUUCAGCUGCCCUCACGCAAGGAGUUGCCUGAGUACUAUGAACUCAUCCGCAAGCCUGUGGACUUCCGCAAGAUUAAGGAGCGCAUUAGGAUUCAUAAAUACCGCAGUUUGAAUGAUCUGGAGAAGGACGUCAUGCUGCUGUGCCAGAACGCUCAGACCUUCAACCUGGAGGGAUCACUGAUAUAUGAAGACUCCAUUGUGCUGCAGUCUGUGUUCACCAGCGUGAGACAGAAGAUAGAAAAAGAAGACGACAGUGAGGGGGAUGAGAGUGAGGAAGAGGAGGAAGAGGCAGAGGAAGGCUCAGAGUCUGAGUCACGCUCGGUGAAGGUGAAGAUCAAGCUGAGCCGGAAGGAAAAAGCAGAGCGCGGUAAAGGCAGGCGGCGCACUGGACGAAGCUCACGUCCCAAACCGGUGGUCAGUGAUGAUGACAGCGAAGAAGAACAGGAAGAGGAGCGUUCUGCCAGUGGCAGUGAGGAAGAUUAAGCCAUCUGCUGGACCAAGCCCUCUUCUCUCGGAUCCUUCCGCAGAUUCUCAUCCAAGCAUCAUUACUUUACUUUCACCAGACCAGCCCAGUGUGGGGACCUAGUUUUAAAAUUGUAUCCACAAAAAUGAAAAUUUGUCUUUUUUUUUUUUUUUUUUUUUUUUAAACUGUAUCCAUAAUGAUUAAGUUAAGCAUCUAGUGUGGGUUUUUACAGACACAGGUUAGGCCCUGGGUAAUAAAAUGGUUUCAAAUAGAGAAUCUCAAUACACAGUAAUGCAGUCCAGCCUUAAUCUGCGUCUAGAAAACCAGACUGUACAAUUUAAAACAUGACAAAAAAAAGACUCCUCCAUAUUUAAGCAGGCAUUCCCGGUUUAUAUAUAUAUAUAUAUAGUAUGAUUGUUUUUGUUUAUUUCCUUUUGAAGUUGAAGACCUUGGCAUUGCUAGCUGAGCGGACUGUGGACCAUAGGGAGAAUUUCUUUGACUGUUUUUAGGUGAAUUUAUUGGGCUUUUUCUGUAACCUCAUUGUCAUUUCGAGCAGUGUGUUUUUUAAAGUCGCACCAGAGUGCAUGUCGUGAGGGUCUAUAGAAGAGCAAUGUGGAUGGGUUAUUCUGUCUGUUAUUCUUUUACUUCACUUUUCUCUGUCUCUCCAUUUCUUCCCUGAGGUUAAUUUAAGAAUAUUAGCAGGAUCAAGGUACUUCUUCCCUUGUUGAACUCCAGUCAGUGAAAAGGGGCGGAGUAGCGCUUAGGACUCAGUACUGUGUCGGUGUCACUGGAUUUCCAAAAGUAUAAUAAAGGCAUCUCACAAAUA